AUGCAUAAAUAUCCUGAAACUGCCAAAGCUGUCUUUUCAGACUGUUAUGUUGAUGAUGUCAUUUCUGGUUCAUCAAACUUAGACUCAGCAAGGGAAUUGAAAAAUCAGCUUAUACAGCUUUUUCGUAGUUGUGGAAUGACUUUGCACAAAUGGAACUCUAAUUCUCCUGAACUGUUGGAUAGCCCUUCUACAAGCGAGGAUGAAUUCAGCUUUAAAGUCUCAAUCAAGGAGAAAUCAUCAUAUACCAAAAGAGACAUUUUAUCGACAAUUGCCAAACUUUAUGAUCCUUUAGGACUGAUUGGUCCGGUAAUCACCAAAGCCAAGAUAUUUUUACAGAAAUUAUGGGUUCAAAAACUGAGUUGGGAUGAACCACUUUUUGCAACUAUUGCUCACGAAUGGCAACAGAUAGUUUCAAAUUUAAAGACUGUGGAAAACAUAAAAAUUAAUCGUUGCAUCCUCUUAAAUCAUCCAAGCAAGAAUUCACUCAUUGGAUAUGAAGAUGCUUCGGAAGCCGCUUAUGGUGCAGUUGUCUACUUAAUUUGUGUCGAUGAAGAUCACGGCUCGUCAUCUCAUCUACUAGCCAGCAAAUCUCGUGUGGCUCCAUUGAAAACUUUAUCUAUUCCAAGAUUGGAACUUUGUGCAUGUUUGUUAUUGGCUCAUCUGAUUUUGAAAGUUAGCGCCUCAUUGAAGAUGCAUUUAGAUGACAUCAUUCUCUGCACUGAUUCAACGAUAGCACUGUCAUGGUUGAAGACUUCUCAUCUUUUGAAGACCUUUGUUGCAAAUAGAGUCUCCAAAAUCCAAAGACUAGUAGACCCGCGACACUGGAAGCAUGUAUCAUCAGCAAAUAAUCCGGCAGAUCUGAUUUCUCGUGGUGCUUAUCCUCAUGAACUUGUGACAUCUUCCUUGUGGUGGAAUGGUCCUGAACAGAACGAACUUAGUGAUGCUUCUUUAUUUGAACUUGACAAGACUCUCAUAGAUUUUCCUGCUUAUCAGGAUGAACUUAAAAAGCCUUUAGACGUUAAUUUGAACUGCAAUUUAAACUUGUUUUUGUCCAAUCUGAAAGGUCCAGUGAAGAAAACAGGUCUCGUUAGUAGUACUGAAUUUCAAGAUGCGGAAAUGCACUUGAUAAAAAUGGUUCAGAUAAUAGAAUUUGCAGAGGAGGUUAAAUCACUUCAAGAUCAGAGAGUAAUCAAAAGUCAGGUAAAACUUUUAAAUCCAUUUUUAGAUGGAAAAUGA